AUGGAAUCUCAAGGCGACUCAGCUCGAGGACCAACAGCACGCCCUAGGCUCUUCAUUCAAGAAAUGGUGAUGCGGAACUUCAAAUCUUACGCGGGCGAACAGCGCGUUGGCCCAUUUCAUAAGAGUUUUUCUGCCGUGGUUGGACCUAAUGGAAGCGGAAAAAGUAACGUGAUUGACGCUAUGCUGUUCGUGUUUGGGAAGCGAGCAAAGCAGAUGCGACUCAACAAAGUUUCGGAGCUUAUACACAAUUCUUCCAAUCACCAGAAUUUGGAUAGUGCUGGGGUUUCUGUUCAUUUUCAAGAGAUUGUUGAUUCGGAAGAUGGAACAUAUGAGGUUGUUCCUGGAAGUGAUUUUGUUAUUACAAGGGUGGCUUUUCGGGACAACUCCUCUAAGUAUUACAUUAAUAACCGUUCAAGUAAUUUCACUGAAGUUACCAAGAAAUUGAAAGGAAAAGGUGUUGACCUUGACAAUAAUAGGUUUCUGAUCCUCCAGGGAGAAGUUGAACAAAUUUCACUUAUGAAACCAAAAUCUCAAGGACCUCAUGAUGAAGGCUUUCUAGAAUAUUUGGAAGAUAUCAUUGGAACCAACAAAUAUGUAGAAAAAAUUGACGAGUCAUUUAAACAGUUAGAAUCUCUUAAUGAGAAAAGAUCCGGGGUGGUGCAAAUGGUCAAGCUAUCUGAAAAAGAAAGGGACAGCUUGGAGGAUGUGAAGAAUGAAGCAGAAGCAUUCAUGCUUAAAGAGUUAUCUCUGUUGAAAUGGCAAGAGAAGGCCACAAAGUUAGCUGUUGAUGAUACUGGUGGAAAAAUGGAUGAGUUACAAGUCGGCGUUGCUAGCCUAGAAGAAAAUCUUAAGUCGGAAAGGGAUAAAAUUCAAGAAAGUAAACAAUUCUUGAAAGAACUUGAAACUAAGCACAACAACUAUAUGAAAAGACAAGAGGAGCUAGAUAAUGAUAUGAGGAAGUGUAAGGAAGAAUUCAAGGAGUUUGAGAGGCAGGAUGUUAAGCAUCAGGAAGAUUUGAAGCACAUGAAUCAGAAAAUCAAGAAGCUGGAGGAUAAAGUGGAAAAGGAUUCAUCAAAAAUUGAAGCUCUUGUGAAAGAGGGUGAAGACUCCAAUGACCUGAUACCAAAACUUGAGGAUAAAAUCCCUAAACUGCAAAAAUUGUUGCUUGACGAGGAAAAGGUCUUAGAAGAAAUCACAGAGAGUUCCAAAGUUGAAACUGAGAAGUUACGCACGGAGCUUGCUAAUGCUCGUGCGGAGCUUGAACCUUGGGAAAAAGAUUUGAUUGAGCACAAGGGAAAGCUUGAAGUUGCAUCUAGUGAGGCUAAGCUUCUAAAUGAAAAGCAUGAAGGUGCUCGUGAAGCCUUUAAAGGUGCUCAAGAUCAGAUGCAAAGUUUAUCAGAAAGAAUUAACUCAAAAACUGCAAGCAUUUCUCAAAUUAAGAAGGAUUUAGAAAAGAACCAGAAAGAAGCAUCAGAAGCUCACAAAGUGGAAGAAGAAUGUAUCAAAGAACAAGAUACCCAGAUUCUUCUUGAACAAGGGGCUAGGCAGAAGGUUGCGGAACUGAAGUCUGUUUUGGAUUCACAGAAGAACCAGGGAUCAGUUCUAAAAGCAAUCAUGAAUGCUAAGGAAACCAGACAAAUAGAAGGAAUAUAUGGACGCAUGGGUGACCUAGGUUCUAUUGAUGCAAAGUAUGAUGUUGCAAUAUCAACUGCAUGUUCUGGGCUUGACUAUAUUGUCGUGGAAACAUCAAAUGCAGCUCAAGCCUGUGUUGAGAUGCUUCGGAGAGAGAAUCUUGGUGUUGCCACUUUCAUGAUAUUGGAGAAGCAAGUUGAACAUCUUCCAAUGAUGAAAAAGAGUGUAAGCCCUCCAGAGGGGGUUGACCGCCUUUUUGAUUUAGUAAAGAUUCCAGAUGAAAGAAUGAAACUUGCUUUCUUUGCAGUACUUAGAAACACAGUUGUUGCUAAUGAUCUUGACCAGGCAACACGGAUAGCAUAUGGCGGAAACGUUGAGUUUCGACGAGUUGUUACUCUUGAUGGUGCACUUUUUGAAAAAUCUGGAACAAUGAGUGGUGGGGGUGGUAAGCCCAAGAGUGGGAAGAUGGGCACAUCUGUUCGAGAUCCAAAUGUGUCUGAUAAAGCCCUUGCAAGUGCUGAGAAGGAACUAUCUGGAUUGACCGAUAAAUUGAAAGCAAUUCACCAAAGAAUGGUCGAUGCUGUGAAACGAUAUCAGGUUGCAGAAAAAACUAUUGCAGCUUUGGAAAUGGAGCUUCGUAAAAGUGAGCAGGAGCUUGAAAGUUUGCAAGUGCAACGUGUUGAUAUUGAAAAACAACUUGGAUCCCUUGAAGUUGCAUCAGUGCCACAAAAGGAUGAGCUUGAUAGGUUGAAAGAGCUGAAGAAGAUUAUUUCUGCAGAAGAAAAAGAAAUUGGUAGACUCACCGGUGGAUCUAAAAUGCUGAAGGAGAAGGUUUCAGAACUUCAGAGGAAUAUAGAGAAUUCUGGCGGUGAAAGAUUAAAAUCUCAGAAGUUGAAGGUUCAGAAGAUUCAGUCUGAUAUUGACAAGACCAGCUCUGAUAUUAACCGUCAUAAAGUCCAAAUAGAGACGGGACAAAAGAUGAUGAAGAAGUUGACUAAGGGGAUAGAGGAGUCAAGAAAGGAGAAAGAUAAGUUAACUAAGGAGACGGAAAGGUUAAAAGGAGUCUUCAAAGAAAUAGAGCUUAAAGCGAUUGCUGUUCAAGAGAAUUAUAAGAAAACUCAAGAGAUGAUUGACCAACACCGGGAUGUCUUAGAGGAAGCAAGAUCUGAACACGAUAAGAUGAAAAAAGCAGUUGAUGAAAUGCGUGCAUCUGAGGUUGAUGCUGACUUUAAAUUAAAAGACAUGAAGAAAGCAUACAAAGAAUUGGAAAUAAAGGGGAAAGGUUACAGGAAAAGACUAGAUGAGUUGCAAGCUGCUGUUAUCAAGCAUCUUGAGCAAAUUCAAAAGGAUUUAGUGGAUCAUGAAAAGCUACAGGCUACGUUGGCCGAAGAACAUCUCAAUGCUGAUUGUGACCUGAAAAAAGCAUGUGAAACAGUCGCAUUGCUUGAAGCACAACUGAAAGAGAUGAGUCCGAAUCUUGAUUCAAUUGCAGAGUACCGUAAGAAGGUAGCAUUGUACAAUGAACGAGUUGAAGAACUUAAUGCAGUCACUCAGGAGCGGGAUGAUAUAAAGAAACAAUAUGAUGAUUUGAGAAAGAAGAGAUUGGAUGAGUUUAUGGAAGGAUUUAAUGCCAUAUCAUUAAAGUUAAAGGAAAUGUAUCAGAUGAUUACACUUGGAGGUGAUGCCGAACUCGAGCUUGUGGAUUCUUUAGAUCCGUUCUCUGAAGGUGUUGUGUUCAGUGUCAGACCACCAAAGAAAAGCUGGAAAAAUAUUGCUAACUUAUCCGGUGGUGAAAAGACUCUUAGCUCGUUGGCUCUUGUAUUUGCGCUUCAUCAUUACAAACCUACGCCGCUUUAUGUAAUGGAUGAAAUCGAUGCAGCUCUUGACUUCAAAAAUGUAUCUAUCGUGGGGCAUUAUGUGAAAGAUAGGACUAAGGAUGCUCAGUUCAUUAUCAUCAGUCUAAGGAACAAUAUGUUUGAAUUGGCUGAUCGACUAGUUGGUAUUUAUAAAACUGAUAAUUGCACAAAGAGCAUCACUAUUGAUCCGUGCACUUUUGUCGUUUGCGAGAAGGGUGCAUGA